GAUUUUGAAAAGACGCCACUCCACUUGCAUCCUCUGCGCUGCACGCUCCACGUCUAGGUCUGUUGCCAGUAAUUUUGUUCCAGUAAAAAGCAGCUUUGUGCUUGAGCAAGUCAGAGGCACUUUGCUGCGGUAGCUAAACAUUUACGGUGAGCAUUUCACGGUCUUCUUCGGCCAAAACGUUGGAUAGUGAUUUGCGUGUGUAAACUUCGUACGCUUGAGUUUCCUGCGUGUGGCAGUGUCGGUUUGCUUGUGGAAGCUGAGCCUGACACGGACGGUGCAGCGACUGACAGAGACUUCAGAGGUGCUGGUAGCGUAUGUGCUGGUAGUGAGCUUCAGAAAGGAAACGUCAGCCGGCUAGUUGCAUCGCUCUGUUGAUCAGUGUAUAGAUCGCGCGAGAGAGGGAGAGAGAGUCGGACUGGGGAGUUUGUGCUCCCUAUCAGUUACACGAGAAAAGCAACACACGACGUGCUGUCGUUACUGCUGUUGCUGCUGCCAUGACGAGGAGGUGUGUUGGGGGUUGGUACCGCCAUGGCGGGUCUGCUCAGCAGAAGUCACUGUACGCAUCCUGGAGCUGUUCGUGUCGAUUCGCCAUCACUCUGCUGGUGUUGGCCGUGGCUACUUCGCAUGCACGCGCCCAGGUUGCAGGUGGUGGUGGUGGCGGCAGCAGCAGCAGCAGCAGAGGAGGCAGUACGAUAGGCAUUGUUGUCUCAUCCAGUGGAUUUGAUCUGUUUCUUGAAACUCCCGCCACGGAAAGCAACGGCAAUGCUGGCGAGAGCGGCGUCAGGGACGACUCGUCGGCCAUGUCCCAGUCGCAGGCGCAGAAGCUGGGAUACGCCGGUGCUGGCGUGGCCGGUGUACUCAGCCUGUUCUUCAUCAUCCUGGUCACCCGACUCUGGACUAUACAUUCCAUUACGCGCCGCGACCACCACGGCUCCUCCGGCAAGUAUCACCGAACGCCGUCAAACUACAGCCCCCGUGCAAGCAAGGAUGCUUCGGAUCCUGCCAUUAUCGAGGCAACCAUAGCGCACAUCAACCAAACGGAAUCCUACGUCCCAACCAGUGCCCGGCCGGAAAGAGCACAGGAGCUCGACGAACCGCUGAAGGUUGUUUCGGUGUGUCCAAGCGCCUCUCACACAACGUCACCCACAGUCGUGCAGACAUCGAGUAAUGGCACCCAUCCGCAGCUCAAGACGAGUUCAUCCAUCGUGAGCAAUGGCCGCCCCAAGGUUAUACGCAUUCACUCCGAGUUCGAGGAGAUGGAAUCGGAUGAGGAGGCACCACCCGUUCCAAAGAAAAAGUCAGGUGCGUCCAAGCUGAAAAUUGAAAAGGCCAAAAAGGAAGCCAAGUGACUAUGCUCUGUGGAAAACUGGAUGAGGCCAUUUUUUAAUUUUUUUUGUACCGACAAGGGGCUGUAUAGCCCCAGACAAUGAGUGGGGGCUCUCGGGCAAAGCUAGGUUUUGGGAUACGAAUUUUUCUUUUUUUCUUUAUUGUGUUGAGCGGUUAAGUUGAUUAGGAACCGCACCAUAGUCUGUACAUAUUUGACCCCGUAAGUUAUCGUAUCCCUGCAAGAUACCUGUCACACAUCUAGACACAUACACAUCUAGACACAUAGCGGCUUUCAAGGGGACCGGACCGCUGGAUUUGACAUUAUCCAAAGACGUUGCCAAUGCCCUUUUUGCCUUCUUGAAACUUUUUUUGGUUGUCACUGUUUUGGACCGUCGAUUAGCAGUGUUAGUAUAUUGUUACAAAGUGUACCAUGAAGCCGCAGUGACUCUGAUCACAGGCUUUGUGUGCAAAGUCUGCUGGUCUCAUCCAUGGCACGUGUGUAGUGUGGCCAAGACUGAUUGACAUCCCGUGAUGGUGUUGGCGCUCAUUCCAUUGUGAAACAUGCUCGAAUCCACCAGGUGAAUUCAUGUGAUGUGAAUGUUCUUGUAUUAGGUCACAUCACACUCUGUGUAUAUACGCACCAUUGUGGCUCUCCUAACUCUAUAUCUUCGUGAUAUGUUUGCUGCCAAAUUUCAACUGAAUGAUGAAGGGAACACUUUUUUAAAUAGGCCCAUGAAUAUUAUAGUAUUAUUAUAUUUCGUGUAGGGAGCACCUUUCCUUUUUUAUUUAGUUUUUUUUUUGUAAGAAUAUUAACAUUUUCUACUCUC